AUGGAAUCGACUCAUUACAGCAUCAGCCAGCUCUUGGCCAUCCGUGGCACCAAGCUGCAAUACUUGCUCGAGCAGAAAUUGCUUGAGAAUGCCAAAGAGAAUCCCAUCCUGACAGGCAUCAUUCGUCACAAGCGACCCUUUGUCCCCCAGAGAGCUCCUCUAGUUUCUCGUGCCAACAUGGAAGUCAGACAGUCCUCUUCUGGAGACUCGGAGUUUCAAGCACCGGCUAAGCUUCAGGCACCUCAAGUCCUUGCUCCCCUCCACGACAAACCUGUUCGUACCCUUCGUCAUAUCACUGCAGACGUCAGUCAGCUUGAUGGACACUCUGGUCCACAGCUCGAUGGACAAGAUGCCGAACCCGAACAUCAGCCCGAGUUGCCUUCUCAGCGAUCUGUCCUCCCUGAUCAGAAGCGUAAGGGGUUUGAGCAAUUCUACGAAGCUGUCCGAUCUCCCACCCACGUCCGCGUCACUGCUGGAGGCAGAAUCGUCCCCAAUACCCUCGAUGCCUCCCACUCUUCUCCGACUGGAAAGAGCAUCAGAGAGAGAACCAACAUCGACAUCAAUGGCGUACAGUCUCCCAUGGGACAAGCCUUCAACGGCCAGUUCAUGCCAGGGACCCCGCUGAUGGGCCCUAUUCAUUCUGCCAUGCAAUCUACCUUCCCAAUGAUGGCACCAGGCCCGAACCCCAUGGUUUCUUUCGGUGGAUUUGCGAUGCCCCCUUUCGGCGUUCCCCAGGCUCCAACACAAGCACAGUUUGCCCCUCUGAAUAGCGGCAUGAUUGCUGUCGGUAAUUCGAAUGAGAAGAAGGAUCCGAAUAGUGGCGUCAUCCCUAACACUGGAGCUAUGCCCAUGCCUCCAUUUGGUGGACAAUGGUUCCUGCCACCUCAUCCAAUGAUGCCCAUGGGCAUGCAAUACACUGGUGGUCCAACGUACCCUGGUGCUCCAAUGAUGCCGAUGGGGUUUGGUCCAGUGGGUCAGCCGAUGGGCCAGCCCAUGAUGUACCAGCAACCUCCUCAGUCUAUGCCUACGGCUGGCGCCAGACCCUUCACACCGAAUGUGCCAGCCGAGAGCUGCCCAGUUUCAUCGAUUCGGCCUAGCAUCAUCACCAAGAACCAGCUUGCAGGCCUGAGAUCUAGCCUCAAGAAAGCAGAGGCUCAGUUGGCUUACAAUCGCCAUCAGAUUGACGAGAAGCACAUGGAAGAGUACGCUCGUCAGCUCCGUUCCGAUAUCGAGCACUUUGAGAUCAAGCUCAAGGGUGAACUCGCACUCGAGGACAACACUCUUUCUCAACGCAGCGACGCAAAGGACGUUAGCGAGGCCAAGACAUCAAAGGAGUCAAAGCCGACCGCUGCCGAGUCUCGAAAGACGCUUAUGUCUGUCUCGUCGGGCGAUGCAGAUAUUAAGAACGUCCCAGUCCACAACAGCCGUUCGAAUGUGACUGAGGAGCCCAAGAACCCUCGUCAUCGUAAGAGGGACAGACUCAAGCUUGCCGUGGACACUUCGGCGGCAUCUGCUCCUUACAUCAACUCCACCGUGUUCGCGACCAUCUCGCCUGUUCCCUUCGACCCGACGGGACAGAAUCAGACCAGAGAUUCAGACUCACUUCACUUCCGUAAACAAUCUACUGGUCUUCCCGUGUCUGCUGCCUUAGCGCCGGUCUUCCAGCCUCGUUCUGACCUUCGCCGUCCUAACGAGAAUACUCCUCCAGUCUCAGCUGUGCCCAAGGCAGGAAAAGAGACAGGUGACAAAGUCUUCCAUGGUAUCCUGCGGAGAAAUCAGGAAGCGUCUGAUCGUCUUUUCUCAGGUGGCCCUCCGACGCCCGAUCUUGACGAGCAGCUCGCCGAGUUGAAUCGUGAGAAUCCUGUCCUGGGAAUGGCGUACCUGGUUGGCCAAGUGCCUUUCGGCAUGGACCCUAGUCCUGACAUCAGAGAUUACGUCUACCACCGUCCUCUCAACCAGGACGAGGAGAUGGCCAAGCAUCUCUACUGGAGCAAUGCCCCUUCGCAUCUGCGGGCCAACUUUCCCUUCUUCGAUGGCAGGAGCUUCUGGCUGUCGUCGCCUGAGAAGGCGCCUCGUUGCGUCGUCAGCGAUGAACGCGUUGCUGGACGGCUCGAAGAGGAGUAUCGCCUCGCGAUAAAGGGAGACAAGAAUCCUUUCGCCGCCUUGGAGAGAUUGACCGGCCCAAACAUGGAGCAAGCAGUGAAGGAUUUGAAGAGAGACACCAAGUCAGACAAUGUCACUUCGCCCAUGAAGCGUCGCUACAAGUCACGUCCUGUUGCCCACUUCAACAGCCAAGGCCUUCACAAGUCGAAGGACAGCACAAUCUCGUCCGACAAUGUCGUCAAGUCCGACUCCGAGAAAGCCUACUUCAACUCGUGCGUUCGUACGUGGUCGGAGAAGGUCACUGCAUCUGCGACUGCUCUUCCGGGAGCUGUCACUUCAGAGAAUGCCCAAGGCUAUGUUCCUCAGUAUGCUAUCGGCCAUGCCGCAGCCUCCUUGUCGCCCGCCAUCGCCAACGCUGCAAACCAGUCCACCCGAUUGUCGCCAUCCAAGCUGGAUGAUAACGGCAAAUCGGAUACGAGUCAGAGCUUGCUUGUCGCAUCAGCUGAUGUUCGCGUUGAGAACCAGCCUCCUGGUCUUUCCAUCCAUCUCAGUCGCAACGCCAUUGGCAUCUACUUACUCUGUUAUGACUACGAAAACGCGUUCCAAACACUUGUACGAAUUAUUUUGAGUGCUAUGGCGGCUUCCGAUAUCAAUGCAUUGAUUUCGAGUAUUCGGGACCCGCCGGCGUUAUAUUCUAAAGAAGUGGUUCUCGAUACACAGAUUAUGCAUCUCGUCCUUGUUACUGCACUGUCUCUAGGAAGGUGGAGGAUUGAGAGCAUGGUUCAUGGAGACGGAAUUAGUUAG